GAGAUGAAGAUCGGCAUGGCGAAUUUCGGCGUGUCCGCGAAGAUGUGGGAGUUGGACGCCAUCAUGAGGGCGUUCGACGAGGACGGCAACGGCUCGGUCGACUAUGAGGAGUUCGCGGAGAUGCUGGAGACGCGCGCCAAGGCUUCCGAGCCGAUGGACCAACGGAGAUCGUUCCUGAGAAG